AUGUCUACUCCCUCCUCGCACCGCCCUCGCAAGAAGCGGAAGUCGGGUCCUACUCUAGUCAGAAGUACCACCAUAACCGACAUCGUCAAGGUUGAUCCUCAAGACAAUGCCGUCACGCCAGAAUUUCCCUUGGUGUCAUUCCUAUGGCCUUCUCGAGGAACAACCUCUCAAUGGAUCUUGAUCCCGUUGAUCCUGAUGAUAGUCGGCCUGUUUAGAUGGAGCGUUGGUCUCUGGGGUCAUUCUGGGUUAGGGAAACCUCCACUGCACGGCGAUUUCGAAGCGCAACGGCACUGGAUGGAAAUCUGCAUAAAUCUGCCAGUGUCACAGUGGUACUUCUACGACCUUCAAUAUUGGGGAUUGGAUUAUCCUCCGCUGACAGCGUACCAUAGCUGGAUCUGUGGGAAAGUGGGAGCGCUUUUCAAUCAGACAUGGUUUGCUCUUGAUGCGUCUCGAGGCUUGGAAGACCAGAACCUCAAAGUGUUCAUGAGAGCAACCGUCAUUGUGUCCGAGUAUUUGACUUAUGUUCCUGCCUUGAUAAUCUUUUUACGACGUUACAGUCGAGCAGAGGGCACCGGUACCACCAGUGCAUCAAUUGCCUUGGUGGCCAUCUUGAUGCAACCUGCGGUACUGCUCAUUGAUCAUGGCCAUUUCCAGUACAACACCGUCAUGCUUGGCUUGAUGGUGGCGUCCUUAUCUAGCAUCUAUGCUGGACGCUCUCUUUGGUCGUGCAUUUACUUUGUUGCGGCUCUUGGCUUCAAACAGAUGGCUUUGUACUACUCGCCCAUCAUCUUUGCAUACCUUCUAGGCUCUUGCAUCACUCCGAGAAUACGUAUUGGUCGACUCUUUUCCAUCGCUUUAGUCACCCUGACUGCCUUCGUCGUGUUGUUUGGACCACUUAUUGGAGGUGCCCUGUACGAAUACUACCAAAAGGCGCCUACUCUUCUUCCGCAGGUCUCGACCCCACCAAUUCUGAGCGAUCGUGGGAUCACCCUCGAUUCCAACUCUGCUCGAGACAUUGUCAUCCUCCAGGUGACGCAGGUCGUUCAUCGGAUGUUCCCAUUUGCACGUGGACUAUUUGAGGACAAAGUCGCCAAUUUCUGGUGCUUCACAAACACAUUCUACAAACUGAAGCACCUGCAAGGAGUCAUUGAGCUCCCUCGAUUAUCCGCGUUUUUCACACUCAUGUCCAUCACCGGCCCGAUGCUUGUAGUCGGUGCAGUUCCCAAGAGAUCAUUACUACCAUACGCACUCGCAACAUCCGCCUGGGGGUUCUUCCUGUUCUCCUUCCAAGUCCACGAAAAAUCCGUCCUCUUGCCCUUGAUGCCGAUGACACUGUUAUUGGGAAGCAAGAAAGGGAUGAGCAAAGAAUACAGAGCUUGGAUCGGCUGGGCAAAUCUCUUCGGAAUGUGGACCAUGUAUCCUCUUCUCAAACGAGACGAGCUACAAGUCCCCUACGUCGUCGUGACACUGUUAUGGUGUUAUCUUCUGGGUCUUCCACCAACGAGUGUCAGCGUGUAUUAUGACGCCGAACGCGAGAAUAUCACUGGCCGACCCCUCGCUCCGGACGAGCUACGAACCCCAACCAAGAUAUUGCAUUUUCAAUCCUACAUCGUCAUGGGGUUUUGGCACUUGCUUGCGGCAUUCGCCGCACCACCAGACGACAAACCCGACUUGUGGACUGUGACGAAUGCAUGCGUUGGCGCCCUCGCAUUUGGAAUCUGCUAUCUUUGGUGUUUUUGGAAAUUGCUUUCGGAAAGCGGCUUGCUAGACUUUUAUUUUGCGCACCAAGGUUCGACUCAGAGAGAGCGAUCGGCCACUCCAGCAGAAAAGGACAAGUGA